AUGGCUGAAGACAUCGAGUACAAAUUAGACGCCGUCAAGGCUACGCCUAUCGCCUCGGACGACAUCGAUAAGACUUUCCGAUCUUCCAGCAUCGACUUGAUUUCCGGAACGUUGGGAGGCAAGGUCCUAGGUUUCUCCGACCAAUGGUUCGCCGAUGCCGCCAACCUGCUGACGCCCACGCCUCCCAUCAGGCAGCCCGGUAAGAUGGUAUAUACGGGCGCCUGGUACGAUGGCUGGGAGACGCGGCGGCACAACCCGGAGCCCUUCGACUGGGUCGUCAUCCGGCUCGGCGUAGCGUCCGGGACCAUCGAGGGAGUCGAGAUCGACACGGCCUUCUUCUCGGGGAACCAUGCGCCCGCGAUCUCAGUUGAGGGGUGCUUCUCUGCCGAUGACGACGAGGUCCUCUCGUGGAAGGGGCAGCACGGGAAAUGGGAAACCAUCCUGGAUAUCCGGGAGUGCGGUCCCUCCCAGCGGUUCGCCUGGAAGCUGGAUAACCCCUCCACCUCGAAACAGUACACCCACGUUCGGCUCAACAUGUACCCGGACGGCGGCAUCGCGAGGUUCCGCCUGUUCGGCCACGCGGUGCCGGUCUUCCCGGAUGACGUCGACGCGGUUUUCGACCUGGCCGCCGCGCAGAACGGCGGGGUGGCCGUCUCCUGCAGCGACCAGCACUUCGGCACGAAGGACAACCUGAUCCUGCCGGGGCGGGGCAAGGACAUGGGCGACGGGUGGGAGACGGCGCGAUCCCGGACCAAGGGGCACGUCGACUGGGCCAUCAUCCGCCUGGGCGCCCCGGCGCUGAUCCAGAGCUUCGUGGUAGACACGGCCUUCUUCCGGGGAAACUUCCCUCAGAAGGCCAAGAUCGACGCUAUAGAGUGGACGGGGGCCGGGGAACCACCGGCGGAUGCUGAGGGCUGGACAGAGGUCCUCGAGCCGAGUAAGUGCGGUCCUGAUCAGGAGCAUAGCUUCGAGUCUAAGGUUAAGGACCGUCGGUUUACGCAUGUCAAACUUACUAUUAUCCCCGAUGGUGGAGUAAAGCGAUUGCGGGUACUUGCUAAGAGAGCUGUCUGA